AUGUAUAAAUUUUUAAAAUUAAUUGGAAAAGACAUUGAGAAGUACAAAAAAAUCUCUUACUUUUGUUUGUAAGGUUAAAUCACAAGUACAAUGUAAGAUUUAAUGAAAAUUCAAUAGGACUUAUAAAGUAUAUAAAGCAUUGAAAAAGUUUGACCCAGAAAAUUCUAAGGCUAUGGCAUUGAUAAUAAAUUCAACAGGAGGAAGUCUUGCACAUGCUCAUAUAAUAUAAAGAAAAUUUGAUUUAGUUAGGAAAAAAUACAAUCUUCCUUUGUAUACAUUUGCAGAAGAUUAUGCUUUGUCUGGUGCAUUUUAUUUAUUAUGUAUGGGGGAUAAAAUAUUCUGUAAUAAAACAUCUAUUGUUGGGGCUGUUGGAACAUAAAUUUAAACCUUAAAUAUAUUAAAAUUAUUAGAACAUUACAAAUUAGAAAUUAGAACUUUUAAUUCUGAUUCUAAUGAAACAUUUUUAUAAUAAUUUGAUCCAUUAGGAAAUAAUGAUUCAACUCAUAUAUUAGAAAAUGUAAGUGCAUAAUAAAAUUAAUAAUUAUAAUUAUAAAUCCAUCAAUUGAUUGGAAAUAGAUAAAAGAAAGAAGAUAUUUUAAACGGGUCUAUUUUUAAUGGGCAAUAAUUAUUUUAAGAUUAUAAGUAUAGUUUAGUAUGAAAAAAUAGAUUCAGUGACGGGAUUGGAUGUUAUUUGAAUAUCCUUUAAAGUGAAUUUCCAUAUAAUAAACUAGAAAAUGCAACUUAAAAAACUUAAAGGGAAAAAAUGAUUGAUUUCUUUUAAAACAAGUUUAAUUGAGUGAUUUUAUAUAAAG